UUUUUAAAUACUCAUUGCCGGUUAUACUGCCAGUAAGUACCGCUGGCAUAUUACGAUUUAAAAAAGGUGGUAAGCGGCCAGUACUGGUUAAAAAAAUAUAUUUCAUUAAACUGUAUUCUGUAAUAUUAUGACUAAUGUAGUAUGUUUUUUAAAAUAUUUUUCUUAGGGAUGUCAGUUGUUCCAUAGAAAAAUUAAAAUAAGAAAAUGAUUACAGUAAUCAUAGUAAUUAUGGAAUAAGUUAGCAGCAGUAAUGGCUUUUAACCAGAAAGGUUUUUAAAAGUGAAGCUAUGCUGGCCUUUGUGAGCAUAAUAUAACCCCACUACCCCCUCCAGCCGCUGUGUGGAGGACCGCGAGGCGCCGCGCCGCCGCCGCCGUCGUGAGCCGUCGAUUCGCUCUCAUUGACACCGCCGUUGGGUGCGUACCCGCAGCCGCAGCCUCCGCAGGGCCCGUUCCUGCCCGCGCCGCCGCAGCACGCCUCGCCGCAGUACGGAGGUAUGUCAUAUAUGGCUGGAGGGUCCCCGUACGGAGUAGCGUUCGGAGGCGCCGGCGGGGCGGGUGGCAUGUACGCGCCGCCGCCGUAUGACCAGCUGCAACACCACCAGGCCAUACCCUCGCUCUCGCAGCAGUUGCCGAUGUACAGCCCCGCAGCUGCGAUGUACGCGGCCGCGGCGGGCUACCCCGGCUACAUCGGGUACCCGGUGCAGUACUACCCGUACUACCCCACGGCCGUGCAGCCGUCCAUCCAGCCGCUGCGCCCGACGAUCAUGAUCCCUCAGAACGGGUUCGAGGCGGGCGGGCGCUUCGAGGGGCUGGCCGGCGCGCUGCUGCCGCCCGCGCCGCCCGCCGUGCCGCCGUCGCCCGCGCACCUGGCCGCCGCCACCGCCGCCAUGCAGCCGCACCAAGUGCUGUGGCGUUAAAAGCGCGUGCUGGGGUGUACUUCCUUCGCAAAGCCACCGACGGCAGCGGACCCGGUAACACUAUAACUAACAUUAUAUCACUCGAAAAACGGACGAAUUCAACAUUACUUAACAU